AUGCUGCCUUCAUCCAUGCGUUACCUCUUCGUAGUUUCUGUUUCCUGCGUCGUCCUUUUUAUCGUGCUCUACGUGUUUGGGUUCGGGGGAGAGCCGGGCUUCCAGAGGCUAAAUAAUUCAGACACUUGGAUGCUGACUCAGGUCUGCACAUCCUUUAUCAAAGGCAGAACGCCUUUCCUGUGGAGAAACAAACUGAGGAUUCAAGACAAGUUUUCUUGCCGGGAAUACCUGACCCAAAGCCACUACAUCACAGCCCCUCUGUCUAAAGAAGAAGCUGAAUUUCCUUUGGCGUAUAUAAUGGUCAUCCAUCACCAUUUCGAUACCUUUGCAAGGCUCUUUAGAGCGAUUUACAUGCCUCAGAACGUCUACUGUGUUCACGUGGAUGAAAAGGCGACGGUCGAAUUUAAAGGCGCGGUGGAACAAUUACUGAGCUGCUUCCCAAAUGCUUUUCUGGCUUCUAGAAUGGAGCCAGUGGUCUAUGGGGGGAUUUCCAGGCUCCAGGCCGACCUGAAUUGCGUCAAAGAUCUUGCGGCCUCCAAGGUCCCAUGGAGGUACGCCAUCAACACGUGUGGGCAAGAUUUCCCCCUGAAAACCAACAAGGAGAUAGUCCGGUAUCUGAAAGGAUUUAAAGGGAAAAACAUUACCCCGGGGGUGCUGCCCCCAGCCCACGCCAUUGGACGGACUAAAUACGUCCACCGGGAGCACCUGGGCAAAGAGCUUUCCUAUGUGAUCAGAACCACAGCGUUGAAAUCACCUCCUCCCCAUAACCUCACCAUUUACUUCGGCUCUGCCUACGUGGCUCUAUCAAGAGAGUUUACCGACUUUGUCCUCCGUGACCCGCGGGCGGUCGACUUGCUCCGGUGGUCCAAAGAUACUUUCAGUCCUGAUGAGCAUUUCUGGGUGACGCUCAACAGGAUCCCAGAAUCAGGUUCUAACACGGCCAAGGAAUACCUUUCAGAGGUAUGGCUUUACAACUGA